AUGACACGAGGAAACAAAAGACAAUCCAAAGUAUUCUACAAAGGACGGACUGAAGACUUUGUCAUAUUCGUUGAUGCUACCGCCGUGCAGAACUGGAGAAGCGAUCAUUCCACUCCGCUUGCACAAGUGCUCGACGGAUGGAAGAUAUUCACCUCUCAUCAACAUGGGUCUCAAGGGAUUCAUGACGAAGCCAGUAGUGCUACGCUUGAGCACGAGUUCGGGACGUCCAACGAUCAAGAGGCUAUCUUGAAUAUAUUGGAGCAAGGUGAAAUCCAGGAGAGCUUUGUCCGUAAUAUCCUCUCCCUUUGA